AUGGCCGCCUUCAACAACAGGCACUGGCCGAGCAUGUUCAGGUCCAAGCACGCCGGCCAGCCGUGGCAGACGCAGCCUAACAUGAGCAGCUCGCCGCCCUCCCUCCUCUCCGGCGGCUCCACCACCACCACUGGAUGCUCCCUCAAGCACUCUUCCUCAGGUGGUGAGAACAGGAGCCCGGAUCCGAAGCCGCGGUGGAACCCGAGGCCGGAGCAGAUCCGGAUCCUGGAGGCCAUCUUCAACUCCGGCAUGGUCAACCCGCCUCGCGACGAGAUCCCGCGCAUCCGCAUGCGCCUGCAGGAGUACGGCCAGGUCGGCGACGCCAACGUCUUCUAUUGGUUCCAGAACCGCAAGUCCCGCUCCAAGAACAAGAUGCGCACCGCGUGCGCCGGGCGCGCAGCCGCCGCGCGCGCGUGCGCGCCGGCCCGCGAGGCUGCUGCGCCCGUCACGCCGCCCGCGCCGCAGAUCCAUACCCGGCAGCAGGUGGAGCUCCUCGCCUCGCCCGUUCAGGCGCCCACUUCCUCGUCUUCGUCUUCAUCCGACCGCUCGUCCGGGUCCAGCAAGCCGGCCGUGAAGCCGGGGGCGCAGGCGAUGUGCGCGCCGGCGACGGCGGCAAUGGACCUGCUCGGGCCGCCCGCCGCGGCGUGCCCACAGAUGUACUACCAGGGCCACCCUGUGGCGCCAGCUUCGGCGCCUGCACCAAAGGUGCAGGAGCUUGUGGCCGCCGAGGAACCGAUCUUCCUGCCGUUUCCGCAGGGCUACUGCCUGUCGGCCGCCGAGCUCGCCGCCAUUCUCGGCGCGCAGUACAUGCACGUUCCCGCGCAACAGCAGACACCGCCGCUGCCAGCCGGGACGUUUUUGGGUCACUGCAACGAGGUGACAGAGCCGACCAUCACCGGCCACAGAAGCUGCGCCUGGGGCGCGGGGCUUGGGCAGUACUGGCCCGGCGGUGCUGAUCAUCAUCAGCUCGGCAGGAACACCGCAACGUCGAACACCGUCGCCAGGGAGCAGGUGGUGCACGAGGACGCCCUGAAGCUGGGGUUGUUGCAGUACGGCUUUGGCGUUAGUAUGGACGUGGACGCAUCCUCCGCGGCUGACACAAUGCCUCUUGUGGCAUCGCCGGAUGCCACUGUCACCGUCGCUAGUGUGGCUGCUUCUACUGCUGGGCUGGCAGGUUUCGCUGCAAGUACUGUUGCAAAUGGUGUCAUCGCCAACUAUGAUCAGUUGCAAGGACUGGCGGACGGCGCCGUCGGGGUCACCGGUGCACCUGCCGCGGCCGUGCCUACGGGAGCUGAGGCCACCGACGCGAGGGGCUUCGCGGUGCUGUGGAUCAUGGACAGCACGGGCAAGAGCGUGGUGCACAACGACGUCGCGGCGACGAAUCUCGACGUGAGGACGCAGUUCGGCGAGGCGGCCAUCUUGUUCCGCUACAUCGGCGACCGGCCCGAGCACGUCCCCGUCGACGCAUCGGGCUGCACCGUCGAGCCGCUCCAGAACGGUGCCGUCUACUACGUGCUGGUAUAA